AGAACCAGGAAGUCUCUCUCCCUUAUUUCACAGAAAAUGAAAGCUCUGAGUGACACUUUCCCUCUCUCUCUCUGAGAUUUCAGGAAAAUGGCUGAGGCGAGUAUUUCAGUAGAUCAUGAUCAGUUCAACUGUCCAGUGUGUCUGGAUCUCCUGAAGGAUCCGGUGGCUCUCUCCUGUGGUCACAGUUUCUGUACUGUGUGCAUUAAUGGCUGCUGGGAUCAGGAGGAUCAGAAGGACGUCUACAGCUGUCCUCAGUGCAGAGACACUUUCACUCCAAGGCCUGUUCUACGCAGAAACAACAUGCUGGCUGAAGUGGUGGAGAAACUGAAGAAGACUGAAGUUCAAGCUGCUUCUCCUGCUCACUGUUACGCUGGACCUGGAGAUGUGGAGUGUGAUUUCUGCACCGGGAGAAAGCACAAAGCCAUCAAAUUCUGUCUGGUGUGUGUGGCUUCAUUUUGUGAAACUCAUCUCAAACCUCAUCUUGAAAUUCCUGCUUUGAAAAAACACACAUUAAUUGAAGCCUCUGGAAAUCUACAAGAGAAGAUCUGCUCUGAACACAAUGAAGUUCUGAAGAUCUUCUGUCGUAAUGAUCAGAGAUGUAUUUGCUCUUUGUGCAUGUUGGAUAAACAUAAAGGCCACGACGCUGUAUCAGUUACAGCAGGAAGAGCUGAGAAACAGAGUGAGUUAAAGGAGGAGCAGAUGAAAUUCCAGCAGAGACUCCAGGAGAAGCAGAAGAAGGUGCAGGAGCUGAAACAGGCUGUGAACACUAUAAAGCUCAAUGCACAGACAGCAGUGGAGGACAAUGAGAUCAUCUUUACUGAGAUGAUCAGCUCCAUGGAGAAAAAGCGCUCAGAGGUGACGGAGAUGAUCAGAGCUCAGGAGAAGGCUGAACUGAGUCGAACUGAACGACUCCUGGAGCAACUGGAGCAGGAGAUUGAUGAUCUUCAGAGGAGAUUCAUUGAGAUUGAGAAGAUUUCACACACACAUGAUCACAUCCAUUUCCUCCAGACUUUAGCUUCUGGACCUCAGUCUCAUCUAUUACACAGACCAAAUUUUAACACAUCCGGCAUCAGGGUCUCUCAAAAUCUGUCAUUUGACAGAGUGAAGAAUUCUCUCUCAGACCUGAAGAAGAGACUGGAGGAAUUCUGUGAGGAGGAAUUCAACAGAAUCCGUCCACAUGUUGCAGCAGUUAAUAUUAUUUCACCAUCGGAGCUACAGAGCAGAAAAGAAUUUCUCAAAUAUUUCUGUCAUCUGACUCUGGAUCCUAACACGGCAAAUCAUAACCUUGUUCUGACUGACAAGAACAGAGCAGUGAGAUACAGUGAGAAAACACUGCCUUACUGUGAUCAUCCAUUGAAAUUUGACUCCUGCCUUCAGGUGUUGUGUAAGGAAAGUUUAAGUGGACGCUGUUACUGGGAGGUGGAGUGGAGCGGAGAUGGAGGUGUGUCCAUAUCAGUCUCGUAUAAAGACAUCAGGAGGAAAGGAGAUAGUAAUGAGUGUACCUUUGGACUCAACAAUAAGUCCUGGAGUCUGUGGUGUUCUUCAUCUCUCUCUUUCUAUCACAACGACAUUAAGACUGAGUUCGGUGUUCCUUCUCCGUCCAGAAUAGGAGUGUAUGUGGAUCACAAUGCAGGAACUCUGUCCUUCUACGUUGUCUCUGACACCAUGAAGCUCCUCCACAGAGUCCACACCACAUUCACUCAGCCUCUAUACGCUGGGUUUGGGGUUCAUAGAGUAAUUGUUAAGUUAUCCGAUUCAAAAUAGUUGUUUUACAAGAAUGAUUACUUAAAACCUUUGGCCAUUUGUAAGUAGGAUUAGCAUGUCAUAUGCAAUCAAUAGCUUCAGACAAAAUAGGAAAUUUAUCUAACACUUUCUUUAAUAUGACAUGGAAAGUAAACGUUCAUGUGAAAAAACACUGAAAAAAGGGAAUGCAUGUUUGGUCAGAUUUAGGAGACUAUAUUAUGUACAGUAGUAUGAAAAAGUGUUGGCCCCUUCCUGAUUAUGUAUUUUUUUUUGCACGUUUGUCACAUUUUAAUGUUUCAGAUCAUUAAACAAAUUUAAAUAUUAGUCGAAGAUAACACAAGUAAAUGCAACAUGCAG